GUAGUGUAAGUUUAAAAUUGAACCCUUUUGUAUAUCAUGACGAGAUCAAGACUUGUACAUUCAUGUGUGGGUGUUGAAGAAUCAUCCUAGCUGUAAUCUGAUAUCUUGAAUGAUCACUUCGAGGCUCGAGUUGCCAAAAAAGCAAUGCAGUCAGAACGAGUGUUCGAUUUCGAAUUUGACUUUUUGAACGUGUUCAGCGAAGACCUGUACUUUUUGACUUUUUCUCAAAGUUUAUCACGAACGCUCAUGAAUUGUAGAGUAAUUGUAUUACGUUGUAAGAUUUUCGCGUAUCAUUAAGUAGAAUGUAUUAACAUUUUGUAUUUUGUUUGUGAUAAAUGUUUUCUAUUCAUUAUAGUUUCAUUUAUUACUAGCCUAUAUGCAUACACUGACUUGUGCAGACGUCAAGAAAUUAUAUGAUACGUCCAUGGCAACCUAAUAAACAAUCGUACAGUCUGAAGAUUCGUAAUAAAACGAAACGUUUUGUUGUCAUUAGCAAAUACUUAAAAUUCCGGUUGAUUUUUUCAGAUUGGAUGUGAGCUGAAUAAUUCGUUAAUUUUUAUUUAGGAAAUCAACUCUACGAACAUGAGUAUUCAGAACAUUAUUACGAAACGAAGAGGCGAUCUAAUGAAAGAUUACUCCUUUCACGACAAUGAAUCCGAGUUGGUGGUUAACAUAUUUCCCGAUAAAGAGAAAAUUUCAGAAUACAUUUUGAAAGAUCCUGUACAAAAAACUGUGCAAUGUGGUCCACGAUAUGCGGAACACGAGGCUACAACAACUCGAGUGAACUAUGAUAGUCGAGGAAUGAAUCAUACUGAGGGAGGGUGGCCUAAAGAUAUUAAUCCUCUCGAUGCUGAGCAAACAAUGCGUUUCAAGAAGAAAAUCGAAAAAGAUGACAUGUAUAUUCAUUCUGUGCAUCAAUUAUCUCAUACUAUGGAACAUUGUAUUUUACAAAAUAACGCCAUCAAUAUUUACGAAUUAUACUUCGACGACGAAGAAGAAAACAAUCUCGUUUACGAACAUCACAAUUAUAAAACGUUGAACGUAUUUAGAGAUCCAUCGGUUAGAAAAAGACCAAUUCAGCAUAUUUCAUGGUCACCAGAUGGAGGAACACAUUUGGCAGCUUCUUAUUGCAACUUGGCCUUUCAACAGACAUUGAACGUCGAUACCUGUUCUUAUAUUUGGGAAGUAGAAAAUCCGAAUAAACCUGAAAUCACGUUACAUCCGGAUGUACCCAUAGUAUGUUUAGAAUAUAAUCCGAAGGAUCCGCAUGGUCUUAUUAGCGGCUUAUAUAACGGACAAGUAGCUUUUUGGGACGUAAGGAAAGGACACGAACCGGUAGAAAUAAGUCCUCCGGAACACAGCCAUAAAGAUCCGGUUUUGAACGCUCUGUGGAUUAAUUCGAAAUCGGGUACAGAGUUUUUUUCUUCUUCGCCCGACGGACAAUUGAAAUGGUGGGACGUGCGUAAAUUAUCCGAGCCUCUCGAGACACUCAUCGUUGAUCUCACUAAGGGCGAACCUCCUAAAUUAACACGUGCUCAUGGAAUAUCAGUAUUAGAAUAUGAAAAUUCUAUUCCCAUCAGAUUUAUGGUUGGAACAGAAACUGGUCUGGUAAUUAGUGGUAAUAGAAAAGGAAAAACAUCAGCUGAAAAAUUGGCCGCACAAUAUAAAGCUCACCAUGGUCCGAUUUGUGCUCUUCAACGAAAUCCAGCAUUUGUGAAAAUUUUUCUCACGGUUGGCGAUUGGUGUGCUCGGAUCUGGUCUGAAGAUUGUAAAGAAUCUGCUAUAAUGUGGACAAAUUAUCAUAAAUCAAGGCUGACUUCUGGCGCUUGGAAUCCAUCCAGGUAUUCUAUAUUCUACACAACUCGAAUGGACGGUUCGUUAGAUUUGUGGGAUAUUUUACAUCAGCAAAAAGAACCAACUUUAAGUAUAAAAGUAUGCGAUGAACCUUUAAACUGCAUCAGAUGUUACGAGAAUGGCCAACUCGUUGCUACAGCGAAUAACAACGGUUGUAUAUUUCUACUAGAAUUCUCCGAAAAUUUAGCUGUGUCAGCGAAAAAUGACAAAGCUUUUCUAACUGCGAUGUUUGAAAGAGAAUGCAGACGUGAAAAAAUAAUAGAAUCAAAAAUGAAAGAAAUGCGUUUAAAAACAAAAGUUGGUAGAGUUAUUGAUACGCAUAUUGCCAUGAAAGACACUUCCAAAUCCAGUCCAGCUGUAAAUUUAGAUCAAGUAUACAUACAACAAGCAGAAAAAGAAUUUUUUACAAUAAUCGAAGAAGAAAAGAAACUCCGGGAAGAAAGUAAAUACUUGCAAGAAAAAUCUGACGAAUAUUCAGACAUGUAAAAACAACGAAAUUCUAUUUUAUCAUAGUUCUGUUUUUGAAAUAAAUUUUAUAAUUUUUUUA